AUGGAUGCUUUAUUUACUGUCAUCAAUAAAGUGAAAUUGUAAACUCUAAUUUAAUUCUCAAUUAAGGACUUUAGAAUUGAACAGCCGUUGUUGGUGAUUUUGUAAGGAAAAUUAUUUUAUUUUAAUUAGAAAUGUUGAGAAGAUUUAAGACAAAGAAAUAGCAACUCAAAAAGUAAAUCAACACAUUUUAUUAUAAACUUAAUAAAAUUAUGCUUAUAGAUGA